AUGGAGCCAUCAAACAAUAAACGUAAUCUUUACAAUGAUCUUCCUCUGGAUCAUCUGCGCAGAGGGGUUAGGGUCUUAGUCAUCCACGAAGGCCGCAGUAACGGUCCUGUGGAAUGUUCCCUUAAGAUCGUAUCACUCGACGAGGUGCCCGCCUGCUUCGAUGCGCUGUCCUACGUCUGGGGUAACUCGAAUGAGACAAAAAAUAUUAUUGUGAAUCAUCUCUCUGUCACUGUCACGAAGAGCCUGGCAAAAGCUCUAGAAAACCUGAGAGACCACUCAGUGUCUCGCGCUCAGAUAUUCGACCAGCUCACUUUGACGAUAUGGGUUGAUGCCGUUUGCAUCAACCAAGAUGAUCUGUUGGAGAGGAGCCAGCAAGUUCAGAUGAUAGGCGACAUCUAUUCCAGUGCCAGACAUGUUGUCAUUUGGCUAGGCGAUGGAGACGAGCAUACGGACUACGCGCUUGACAUGAUGAACUCAACGAACUUUCAAGAGGGGCUCAGUGACUUAGCUAUCUCAAGAAGACGACCACGUCAAGAAGAGAUCAUGGUGGAUGUUAUCUUCAAGCAGGUUCUCUGCAAGAGUAAAUGGUGGCAACGUGUGUGGGUGCGACAGGAGUUUAUUCUUGCAACGAAGGAGCCUGUCUUCUGCUGCGGCGCCAAGAUAAUUCUAUGGGACCACCUACUUUAUUGUUUCCUAUCGCUCCCGAGAUCGUGGAACUACCCAGAUGUGGAGAAGAGAUGGGACGACUGCAGAAAGAAAGUGGCCAGUUCACUCGUCAACGGUGACGCUAAUAACAGCAUUCACCCCUUCUCACUACAUCGCAUCCGGGAAUCCUAUCGACAGAGAGGAGCCCUGCCCUUCUGCGAUAUAUUUCGAUAUCUCCUUCAGAACUCUACGGCAACGGACCCUCGGGAUCUUGUUUAUGGGAUGCUUGGAUUGCUUGAACAGCAAGAUCGAAACCAGAUAACCGUCGACUAUAAAUUGGAACCUAUGCAAAUUUACCAACAAGUGGGUUACUUGCUAUGGAAGCAGCAUGCAAAGCAGACUUUGUCAGAGCUAUUACCAAGGCUAGAUUUCCACGGAAUUGACAAUGGAUUUCCGUCAUGGGUACCUGACUUUGCAUCACAACCAAUACGUGGCUGGCGGGAUCAUAGGACUAUUCACGCUACAAGACCAUGGCGAAAACAGAGCGAGAAUCCAUUCAAGUCCGGCUAA